AUGAGACGACCCCACCGGUCCCUGCUCCGUCGGGCGUACAAUUCAGAGGGGGGAAUCACCACCAAUACGACUACUAUUAAUAUUAAUACUAAUACUACUGCUGCCAAUGUGUCCAAUGCCACGACGAAAUUGCAGUCAAACACUCAUCUCUUGGCGGGACAAUCAAAAGGAAUGCGCAGGCCACCGUCUUCGUCGUUGGGAUCCACGGCGGAGAAGAGGGUGAUUGAGACACUUCGAAGUGAUCUGGCAGCGGCGCAGUUGCGCAUUGCGGAAUUGCAGCUUAGUCAGUUGGCGGUGCACGAGGCGUUGUUGCGUCGACUGGAGGAAACGGACCGCGCAGCACACAAGACAGCGACGGAGCUGCGUUACACCGCAUUGGCCCUGCAGUGCCAUUAUGAUCUGCUCGAGACGGAGUUGCGGCGUGCUUUGGCGUUGGGGCCGCAUUCCACAACUACAGAGAAGGAAUGUGCGGCUGAGGACAUGGAGUUACUUCGCCAAACCGCCAUUGAAGCCGCAUCGAGAGAAAUGGUGCGUAAAAACAUUGGAUUUCGUGUGGAAAAAGUAUCGGAAGAACCAGCGGCGGUCUCAAGAGUCACCAGUGACGUCAAUUUAUGA